CGUCUUCGUCUCCAUGGCCUCCACCUGCACGAGUCCUCUCUAGAGUCAGCAUCCAAACUAAUUAAGCUGCUGUCAAAGACACGUUAAUCAGCAUCCAGAAUCGUCCAAAAAUUAUUAGAGAGCGCGCUAGCGGGCGCGAUCGAUGAGCACCGGAGGCGGCGGCAGCCCGUCGCCGGCCGGCCACGGCGGCAUGUUCGGGUCGAGCGGCGCCGGCGGGUUCGGCUACGGCGUCGUCGUCUCCGUCGGCAUCCUCCUCCUCCUCGCCAUCAUCGCUUUCGCCGCCUUCUACUUCUGCUGCGCCCGCACCGCGCCCACGCCCGGCGCCGGCGCGCCUCGUCAUGGCGACGAGGAGGCCGGCGGCGGCGUGGACGAGGCGACUCUGGAGGCGUACCCGACCAUGGCGUACGGGGAACUGUGGAAGAAGCAGCGGCGGCGGGGACAGGAGGAGACGGAGGCGUGCUGCCCUGUUUGCCUGGAGAGCUACGGCGAAGCUGAGGUGGUCCGGGCGCUGCCGGAGUGCGGCCACGUGUUCCACCGCGGCUGCGUCGACCCGUGGCUCCGGCGGCGCGCCACGUGUCCCGUCUGCCGGACCUCGCCGCUGCCCAGCCCGCUAGCCGAGGUCACGCCGCUCGCUCUAGCAAGGCCAUCGUCCUGAGACCGGCAUGCCGGCCGGGGUCAACUCUUAUUGGCUUGCUCUCAGCUCUCUGGUUAAUUCCUUCCAGUUUCUAUAUAUCCGCGCACACGCCAUAGUGUAAUCGUAGGGCGAUCAGGUUUAGCUACAAGUUGGUGAUAUGAACUUGGCAUUUGUGCACAGAGAGAUUACUCCAGCAAAUCUGCGAAUUUGAUCCGUUUGGUUGUACAGUACACGUACACCCUGGCUUGGGUUUUAGUCAGAGCAAGCAGAGGCCUCUGUUUUUUUU